AUGACCUUGGGAGAAACGCUUCAGAAGAACUGUCAUAACAAUUUGUUAUGCAAAAAUGGGUGUGGAUUCUACGGAACAUUAGAAAACCAGGGAUACUGUUCGGCAUGCUAUAAGCUCAUUGUGGGAGAGGAUCCGCAAAUAACAAAACCUAAUCUCGACGCUUCUUUGGAUGUCGCCAAAUUGAGUUAUUCUAAAUUACAAAAUGAACCAAAUCCUGUAGAAGCUGUACCCACCCAGAAUACUGCUAGACGCAGUUUAUCACCCAAUGUCGUGCGCUGUGGGGUGUGCAACAAACGACUUAGCUUGAUAGAGCAGGGCAUUGUAUGUGCCUGUGGUGGAGUUUUCUGUACCACACAUCGCUUUGCCGACAGCCACAACUGCGCUUUUGAUUAUCAGUCGCACGAGCGGGAACGACUGCGCAAGGCCAACCCGACGGUAUCAGGCGAAAAAGUGAGGAAAAUUUGA